AACUCGGUGCUAAUACAUAUCAAUGGCUAACACUGCAAGCAAUAAGAAGACAACUCUGUCAAGUUAUUUCCAUUCCCUUUCUCAAACACCUCAAAGACUGAAAAAGAGAAUGCUAGCCACUUGGACCCCUGAUCAGGAACUGAACCAAGGGAGACAAAGGUCUGGAGCAGACAUGAAAAGGAGUCUCGAGUGGUAUGAUUUUGUAGCUCUUGGACUUGGUGGAAUGCUAGGUGUUGGUGUUUUUGUUACAACUGGUUCUGUUGCCCAUCAUCAAUCUGGUCCUUCAGUUUUCAUAUCCUAUAUUAUAGCUGGAUUAUCAGCUCUUCUCUCCUCCUUAUGCUACACUGAAUUUGCUGUUCAAGUCCCAGUAGCAGGAGGAGCUUUCAGCUAUUUAAGAUUAACCUUUGGAGAAUUUGUGGGGUAUUUUGCUGGGGCAAAUAUACUAAUGGAGUAUGUGCUUUCUAAUGCUGCUGUAUCAAGGAGUUUCACAGAGUAUUUGAGCUUUGCAUUUGGCCAAAAUGAUCCAAACGUGUGGAGAGUGAAACUGCAUGGAUUGCCAAAGGACUAUAACAUGUUGGAUCUCCCAGCUGUUUCUCUUAUUAUUCUUCUCACUCUCUGCUUGUGCUAUAGUACCAAGGAAAGUUCCAUGUUGAACCUCAUCAUGACAAUCUUCCAUGUGAUUUUCUUUGGAUUCAUCAUUGUGAGUGGUUAUUGCACUGGAAGUGUGAAAAACUUGGUCAGUCCAAAAGGGCUAGCCCCUUUUGGUGUGAGAGGUGUUGUAAACGGAGCAGCUAAAGUCUACUUCAGCUACAUAGGCUAUGACUCGGCUUCAACAUUGGCAGAGGAAAUCAAAGAUCCUUCUAAGAACCUACCUAUUGGAAUUGUUGGUUCAGUUCUCAUAACCACAGUGCUCUAUUGCCUUAUGUCUCUAUCUUUGUGCAUGAUGGCUCCUUAUAACAAGAUAUCAGAUAAAUCAUCAUUUGCAUUCGCUUUUGCUAAGAUUGGAGGGAUGUGGGAGAGCGACCUUGUUGGGGCAGGAGCAAGUUUGGGAAUAGUGGCUUCUCUCUUGGUUGCCAUGUUAGGCCAAGCGAGAUACCUUUGUGUUAUAGGAAGAGCACGUUUGGUGCCAUCUUGGUUAGCUAAAGUUCAUCCUUCUACAGCCACCCCAUUGAAUGCCACACUCUUUUUGGGAGUUUGCACAGGAUGUAUUGCUCUGUUCACUGAUCUUGACAUUAUAAUGGAGUUGAUCAACAUCGGCACGCUGGUGGUGUUCUACUUGGUGGCCAGUGCUCUGAUAUACCGUCGAUACGUAAUCACUAGUCACACCCCUCCUUUCUACACUCUCAUUUUCCUCUUUCUCUUUUCACUCAGUGCUCUGGGCUUCUCCCUUUCGUGGAAAUUCAAUCAGCUACGGUGGGGUCUUCCACUCUUUGGUGGGGUCAUGAUCACUAUCACAGCUUUUUACCAGCACCAGGUGCCUCAGACCCAUGCCCAACAUGCUGCUACUGAUUGGUGUGUGCCAUUCAUGCCCUGGCCACCUGCCCUCUCCAUCUUUCUCAAUGUUUUCCUCAUUACCACUUUAAAGGUUCUGUCUUUCCAAAGGUUUGCUAUGUGGGCAUGCUUCAUUACCCUCUUCUAUCUACUCUAUGGUGUUCACUCCACUUACCAAGCAGAAGAGAUUGAGAUUGCUGCUAAUCAAGUCAAUUCAAGCUCAACCAACGCACAAACCAAUAAGGUGGAAGUUCAAGUGCUAUAGUUACUGAAGCUUAGUUGCUGUGGCUUUUAAGUUUAAUUUAACUCUUCUCCCUUUCCCGGCCUUCAAACAACACUAAUAUCAGUUCAGUUUGUUAAUAAAUUACUGUUAAA